AUGUCCAAACCCUCUCCUCCCGCCGGUACAAAAUUCAGACUAACGCUCGGUCUUCCCGUUGGCGCAGUUAUUAACUGUGCCGAUAACUCUGGCGCAAAAUCUCUGUUCCUCAUUGAGCCUUAUGGUUUUGGUGCCCACCUGAACCGUCUUCCCGACGCUGGUGUUGGCGACAUGGUUGUUGCAUCCGUGAAAAAGGGAAAGCCGGAAUUGAGGAAGAAGACCAUGCCAGCCAUUGUCAUCCGUCAACGAAAGGCCUGGAGACGGAGAGAUGGUGUUUUCCUCUACUUCGAGGACAAUGCUGGCGUUAUUGUUAACCCCAAGGGAGAAAUGAAGGGCUCUGCGAUAACAGGUCCCGUCGCAAAAGAAUGUGCGGAUCUUUGGCCGCGUAUUGCAUCUAAUGCUGGUACUGUGGUUUAG